CUUGAUUGAAUUAUUUUAUUUUCUUUUAUUUCCAAUUUUUUUUUUUAAAUAUUGAAUAUUAUUUUUAACUUAAAAUGCCUCUUAAAUUAUCCUGUGAUUCGAAAGAAAUUCAUGGUGAAAUCCCCAACAACAAUGGAGAGUGUCAUCCUUUCAAAUUCGCCCAGCGUUACAAAUAUUUCCGAAACAUUGAUGGAAAUUUCAAGCAUUUUCUCUCCAAAGAAGCUACAAAUGAAGGUGUCAGAAAAUCGGAUACUUUGGAUAAAUCUGUGGCACUAGAAUCAUCCAAAAUCGCCACUGCUUUAACACCCAGACCCUCGAAGAACGAUUUGGAAGCUGAGUUGAAACUGAAAACUCAUCAAUCUACACAAACUCCAGAGGCACUGGGAUUCUCGCAGCCUGUAGUCACUCCAAAGGAGGACGUAUUUGAGAAAGUUCCUCCUCUACCAAAAUCCCCAAAUUUUAGGAGAACUCCCUCAUUUUCUAAAACUGCCAAAGCUACUGAAACAUAUGGAACUUCCUUGCCCUCAAAAUCCACACCGAAAAAUAUCCCACCCCUAAAAGAACCCCCAACGAAAAUCUUCUCAAACAAAAAAUCAAAACCCAUAACUCCUCUCUGGAAACCAUCGGCUUUGAAUUCUUCCAAAUCACAUAAACGUCGAAAUUCAUCCCAUAACCUUAAAUCAUUGCCAUUUUCCUAUGACCUAUCCUCGGAUGAACUGAAGGCCAUUGAUAAUAUCAAACAGCCGAUGAAACCACGAGCAAAUGAAGUCUUGGCGUGUCUAAAAGCUGGCGAAAGAUUGGAAUAUCUAAGGCAAAGGUAUUUGCAAUCUCCGGAGGAUAAAUACAAUUAUCCGGAGGCCACAUCGUGGCGUAUUGGAUGGUUGGUUGCAACGUGAUUAGUGAACAAAGGGUUGGA